AUGGAAAUAAAUAAAGAACAAUAUGAAUUAUUAAAAAAAUUAGAUGCAGUUGAAAGACAUAAGAAAUUAAUUGAAAAUUAUUUAAAUCAAAAGAAUAAUAAAAAUAAUAAAAAGAAUCAGCAACAAACAGAAGAUAAAUAUAAAAAUUUUAAAACAGAUUAUCAAGUUUUAAAAGAGAAUCAUCAAUUCUUAAGGGAUGAAAAUGAAAACGAAGAUAUUAAUCAAUUAACAUGGGAAGAGAAAUUAGCAAAAACUUAUUACGAUAGAUUAUAUAAAGAGUAUGCAAUCAUUGAUUUAUCAAGAUAUAAAAGUGGUGAAAUUGGUCUACGUUGGAGAAUUGAAUCCGAAGUGAUUAUGGGUCGUGGUCAAUUCACUUGUGCAAAUAAAAAAUGUGAAUCUUCUUCUUCUACCUCUUCCUCAACUACUACCAAUAACAAUAAAAUGGAUGAUUUAAAAAGUUUUGAAGUACCAUUUUCAUAUAAUGAAUUAAAUGAAAAUAAAGUUGCAUUAGUUAAAGUUGUACUUUGCCCAUUAUGUUCAAAAUUAUUAAAUUAUAGUAAUAUUAAAAAAAAGAAAAAAGAAUUAAAAAAAUUUUUAAAAGAUGAAAAAAAUAAAAAUAAAAAUAAAAAUAAAAAAAGAAAAAAAAACAAAAAUGAUAAUAGUGAAGAUGAAGAUGAAGAUGAAGAUCAAUAUAAAGAUCAAGAAGAAGAAGAAUAUGAAGAUGAAGAUGAUGAUAAUUAA